AUGAAACGGUACUCAAGAUCCCAAAGUAGUCGUUACGAUCAAAUUAAGAGAUCAAAAGCGGAGUACAAAAUACUCCCAAUAUUCGAACCAUCCGGUAUAUUGGAGGCAGAAUCAAAUAAUAAUAAAGGUGAACCUUUGAAGCAUAUACUACCAGCAGAUGCCAUAUCACCAGAUCAAUAUUGGGAUAGCAUAAAACUCCCGAUAUCUGAAAGACCAAUUAUAAAAGCAAUAUUGUAUAAGAAAGGUGUAAAAGAACCCCUGAGUGAAUUUAAUCUUGAUUUGAAGAGUCAUUACAUUAUAGGGCGACAACUUCGGAAGGAACAACGAAAUACAUCCAACGACAGCAAUGAAAACGAAUCCGAUUCAGAAAUUCCUGAAGUAAUUUUGUCUGAUAUUGGUAUCCCUGACCCUGGUUGUUCGAAGGAACAUUGUGUUAUUCAAUUCAGAGAGAAAAAUGGGAAACUCUUACCGUAUAUCAUGGAUUUAAACUCCUCAAAUGGGACCACCUUGAACGGUAUCCUUAUACCGAGGGCAAGAUAUGUUGAACUAAGGAACGAGGACUUAAUUUUAUUCUCGGAAUUCGAUUUAGACUCUGAAUAUGAAUUACUAUUUAUGUUCGUAAGCUGA